CUAAUCCAAACAAGAACACAAGGCAUAAGAAAAUUUGAAUAUAGAAAGCAAUCAAGCAAUUAUGUGGUUGAUUAUGAAAGUUUUCGUCUUACAUUUCAUAGGGUUUCUUCUUCUAGGUGGCGUACUGCCUACCAAUGCUCAGCAACGUCGCUAUAAGUUUGUGUUGAGAGAUGCUCCAUACGCAAGGCUUUGCACCAACAAGACCAUCUUGACAAUAAAUGGACAAUUUCCAGGGCCAACUAUAUACGCUACUAAGGGAGAAACAGUAAUUGUUGAUGUUCACAACCGAGCAAACGAAAACAUCACCAUUCACUGGCAUGGAGUGAAAAUGCCAAGAUAUCCAUGGUCUGAUGGUCCCGAGUAUGUCACUCAAUGCCCCAUUCGACCUGGAACAAAGUUUAGCCAAAAGAUUGUGCUCUCAGACGAGGAAGGAACAUUGUGGUGGCAUGCUCAUAGUGAAUGGUCGCGUGCUACCGUGCAUGGUGCAAUCAUUAUUUAUCCCAAGAAGAAAAAUGACUAUCCUUUCCCCAAGCCUCAUGCUGAAGUUCCCAUCAUACUAGACGAGUGGUGGAACAGUGAUGUGGAAGAGGUUAUGAAUGAAUUCAUUGCAAGCGGAGCGGAUCCAAAUGUCUCGGAUGCUUUCCUCAUAAACGGUCAACCCGGAGAUCUAUAUUUAUGCUCCAGAUCAGAUACAUUCAAGUUGACUGUGGAUUUUGGCAAGACUUAUCUACUCCGAAUGGUUAAUGCAGUCAUGAACAACAUUAUGUUCUUUUCCAUUGCAAACCACACUAUUACUGUAGUAGGAUCAGAUGGCAGCUACACGAAACCGUUAAAGAGUAAUCUCAUUGCCAUUUCACCUGGACAAACCAUUGAUUUCUUGUUGGAAGCUAACCAAAACCCUAGCCACUAUUAUAUGGCUUCCAGGGUUUAUGCUAGCGCGGGGAAUUUUGAUAACACAACUACAACCGCUAUUAUCGCGUAUAGGGGAAAUUAUACUACACCAGCAUCUCCAUUGCUUCCAAAUCUUCCCAAUUUCAACGAUACAAAUGCUUCGGCUAAUUUCACAGGGCAACUCAGAAGUUUAGCAAAUGAAAAAUAUCCUGUUGAUGUUCCUUUAAAUGUGACCAACAAAUUAUUCUUUACCCUUUCCAUCAAUUUAAACCCUUGCCCCAAUAAUUCAUGCGAGGGACCUUUUAAUGAACGUUUUUCAGCAAGUGUGAAUAACAUAACCUUUCAGCUGCCUAGAGUCGACAUUCUUCAAGCUUAUUACAGGGGCAUCAGAGGAGUUUAUGGAGAUGACUUUCCCAAUGAUCCACCAUUGACUUUCAAUUAUACUGCAGAUGUCAUUCCUAGGGACCUGUGGAGGCCUGAAAAUGGGACAGAUGUAGUAGUUCUUGAUUACAAUUCCACAGUAGAGCUUGUGUUCCAAGGAACGAACACAGUAGCAGGAAUAGAUCAUCCUAUGCACUUACAUGGAUAUAGCUUUUAUGUGGUUGGAUGGGGAUUUGGAAACUUCGACAAAGACAAAGACCCUUUGAACUAUAAUCUCAUUGACCCUCCUCUAAUGGAAACAAUUGCAGUUCCAAGAAAUGGAUGGACAGCAAUCAGAUUCAAAGCGAAUAAUCCAGGAGUUUGGAUGAUGCAUUGCCAUUUUGAGCGUCAUGUAAGUUGGGGAAUGGGAAUGGCUUUCACUGUCAAAAAUGGCAAGAGUCGAGAUGCUAAAAUAUUGCCUCCUCCUCCCGACAUGCCAAGGUGUUGAUACUCGACCGAUCAUCCAAUAUAGCUUAUUAGCACGUGUAGAAUGAUGAAGAUGUGGGAAAUUAUUUGAACUUUCAUUUAUUAUUUGUUUGGAAAUUGUAUACAACCUAAUUUUUUGUUUUGUUGUAAUUUUAAUUUAGAAUAUGAUCAAAAAAUAAUUUAUAUAGUGAUGUUUGCCAAGAAGAAAAUGGUGGUUCUUGGUCUUGAUGCCAGGGAUGGUUCGUUCUUUGUGAUUAAACCCCUGUU